AUGGACUUCUCCGUCAAACCUCCCGGCGGCUCACCUUCUCCGUCGUCUUCCACGUCUUCCUCUACUCCUCACCGUUUGAAAUCCGCCGGACACCUACCGCUACUGCUGCCGCUGUCUAAGGAAUCUCCUCCGACCGAGAUCCAAUGCAUUCUUGGUGGGAAUCAGUCUCCAAGCAGCGCUCUCGCAUCCUCUCUCUGUCUUCUCUACUCUCCGGCGAUUCUCAUUCGGAAGACGUCGACGGAGUCCGAUCUCUUCUUUAGCAGAUUCUGA